AUGGCUGCUGUUGUCCAACAGAACGACCUGGUAUUUGAAUUUGCUAGUAACGUCAUGGAGGAUGAACAACAGCUUGGUGACCCAGCCAUCUUUCCUGCUGUAAUUGUGGAGCAUGUGCCUGGUGCCGAUAUUCUCAACAGUUACGCUGGCCUGGCCUGUGUGGAGGAGCCCAGUGACAUGAUUACCGAGAGCUCCCUGGAUGUUGCUGAGGAGGAAAUCAUAGACGAUGAGAAUGACGACAUCACCCUGCCAGUUGAAGCUUCCUGUCAAAAUGGGGAUGAAACGAUUGAAACUAUUGAGGCGGCUGAGGCACUCCUCAAUAUGGAUUCCCCUGAUUCUAUGCUGGAUGAGAAGCGACUGAAUAAUAAUAUAUUUAGUUCAUCUGAAGAAGACCUUGUUAUUGCCCCAGUCACCCAUGUAUCUGUUACGUUGGAUGGGAUUCCUGAAGUAAUGGAAACUCAGCAGAUUCACGAGACAUACGCUGAGUCGUUAGGAACCUCGUCACCAGAACAACCUAAGAGGAAAAAAGGGAGAAAAACUAAACCACCACGACCCGAUUCCCCAACCACUACACCAAACAUAUCUGUGAAGAAGAAAAGCAAAGAUGGGAAGGGGAACACAAUUUAUCUUUGGGAAUUUUUAUUGGCUCUGCUUCAGGACAAAGCGACCUGUCCCAAAUAUAUCAAAUGGACCCAGCGAGAAAAAGGCAUUUUUAAAUUGGUAGAUUCUAAAGCAGUGUCCAGAUUGUGGGGGAAGCACAAAAAUAAACCUGAUAUGAAUUAUGAGACCAUGGGAAGAGCUCUCAGGUACUAUUACCAAAGGGGUAUUCUGGCAAAAGUGGAAGGUCAGCGCUUGGUGUAUCAAUUUAAAGAAAUGCCAAAAGAUCUUGUUUAUAUAGACGAUGAUGAUCCAAGUUCCAGCAUAGAGUCUUCAGAUCCAUCACUGUCUUCAACAGCCGCUUCCAGUAGGAACCAAGGAAGCCGAUCCAGAGUAUCUUCAAGUACAGGGAUCAAAGGAGGAGCCACUCCAGUCCUCAAACCAGGGAAUUCAAAAGCUACGAAACCCAAAGAGCCUGUGGAAGUUGUGCAGCCGUCAGAAACUUUGAGGACAUUGCAGUCCCCACAGUCUCCGUAUCCUACUCAGCUCUACCGGACUGUUCGUGUAGUGCAGCCAGUACAGACUGUCCCAGAAGGAGAAGCGUCCACAGCCAGCAGCAUGCAGGAGGAAACAUUAAAUUCUUCUGUUCAGAGUAUUAGGACCAUCCAAGCUCCUGCCCAAGUUCCAGUAGUGGUCUCUCCAGGGAACCAGCAGUUGCACACAGUAACACUCCAGACGGUGCCACUUACAACUGUGAUAGCCAGCACAGAUCCAUCGUCUGGUGCUGGGUCACAGAAGUUUAUUUUACAAGCCAUUCCGUCCUCACAGCCCAUGACUGUACUGAAAGAAAAUGUCAUGCUUCAGUCACCGAAGCCAGGCUCUCCACCUUCGAUUGUCUUCAGCCCUGUACAGCAGGUUCUUAAUAGUAGCGUUCAGGCCAUUUGCAAUGGAACCAGCAGUAUGGCUUCAUCUCCGUCCUUCAGUGCCACUACACCUGUGGUGACCUUUUCCCCUCGAAGCUCACAACUGGUUGCUCACCCUCCUGGCACUGUCAUUACUUCAGUUAUUAAAGCUCAAGAUACAAAAACUCUCAUACAGGAAGUGGUGAAAAAGGAGGGUGAGGAUAAUUUGAAUGAAGACACUGAGAAAACUGAGCAUCAGGCCCAGCCUUAUGUGAUGGUGGUGUCCAGUUCCAGUGCACUGACCUCUCAGGUAGCUGUGAAACAGAAUGAACUGCUGGAACCCAACUCCUUUUAA